AUGAGACACACCAAAGUCGAAACGUUACUUCCUCGAAACUCGCUACUAGUUCCUGAUGCCCGACAGCAUAGCCGCCAACUUCCUAAUUGCCCCCGCGAUCUCUGCAAGUUAGGAUCCCGGAAGGAAACGUACAUCGUGUACCACGAGAGCCCCGCCCUGCACGCCGCCGACCUCGAGCACAACCGCCGUCGCCUCGAGCGCCCUCCGGUGCCGCCCUACGCCAUCCGCCGGACGGGAGACAUCGGCCCCGGGACGCUCUUCGGCACCGUCGGCAACUACGGCAACCCGGAGAGCGGAUACACCGUCGUGAACAAGAACGAGGUGAACUAUGUCGUGCCGCCCUUCACGCCCGGCGGCCGCGUCAACGUCGCCUUCCAGUUCUGGAUCCCCAUCAGCAUCGGCGGCUUCUUCGUGACGGGGCGAGACCUGGAGGAGGCCUUGCGCUCACCCAACCCGACGGCCUACAUAUCCUCCCUCUUCCUGAAGCACCUCUCUGAGAAUUCAACCAUCGGCGAACUUCUGGGCGACGUGGGGAGCCCCGUGGUGGAGCAAGGCGUCCAGAAGUUCUUGGACUGGGUCAUGCCGUACCUCGGAUACUUCACGGGGAGCGACGUCAACGAAGUCAACACGUACUCGCUCCCCAAGUCCCGAAGCAAGAGGGACGCCGCAGACGACGACGGCUGGACCACCAUCGGAGGGCCUGCGAGCGGGGGGGAGCAGGUGAGGCCCACGGCAACGCUGAUCACGUCGUCGUCGAGGCCCACGAACAACGACCGGCUCUUGUGGGGCAACGACCAUGUUCUCUCGCAUAAUAAUAUUCAAGACAGCGCUACAAAGAGGCCAGGUCUUGACCUCAUCAAACCCAUUGACGUCCCUGAAGAGCGUCCUAGGCCUUCGUUCUCCUCAAGGCCCACCUUCUUCCCCCGUCCUUCGACAUCUUCAUAUCCUUCAUCAUCAUAUCCUUCUUCAUCAUCAUCUCGCCCUUCAUCUUCAUACCCUUCUUCAUCAUCAUCUCACAUCACCCCUCCUUUCCACCUGACAUCCUUCGAUGAAGUUCCAUCUGGAGCGACAGACGCCAAACGCCUGGACGUGUCAAUGCGUCUCUCCCGCCUUGACUACUUUUUCAACAACCUCCACCUGGACCGCGAGGACUGUCGGCGCCGAGUUCUGUGUGAGGUGUCCCGCGAUCCAGAAACCUUCGCUCCACUGUCGGACCUGAUCGGUAGUGAGACUAGGCAAGUGCACUGCGGGUAUUAA